GCACACCAAGCUGACCAAGCUGAGUGCCAUCACUCCGUCCGACUCGCCUGCAGCCUGUAUCACGGACAUUAUAGACGCCGAUGUCCGCGUGCAACCGUAAGCGCAAGGUAGAUAAUAGCUAACCUGUGCAGUAUCGAGAGCCAAGCGUACAGUGAAUCUUAGCCCGCGUAUAUCGGAUUAAACAUGGCUCUCCUCUCUCCACGAUAUUGCCAAUGCUCUCGGCAAUGGGCCACAAAGCUCCGGGCGGUACCCAGACUGCGACUUCGGUACGGACACGAAUGAAAUGUUUAUGGUUGUGCCUUUGGCGACUAUCUGCGGAUCUGCACGCGCAAGAGUCGCAUCAGGUUCCAACCUGGGCCCAGCUGCUGCAGAGGAUCGGACACGUAGCUGCCUCGACAGCCAGCUCGCAGGAAUUGCCGCAACGAGCCUUGGGAUACGGGCUGAGCAGAUGGCGUGUGAAGUGGGGACUCUCUAUCAAGACUCAGUUAUCCGCUGCGCUGUGAACAAGGGAAAUCUCUCGGCUUCACAGUUAUUUCGUCCACCAAUCCUCUCCUGUGGGUUCUUCCUUUGUGGUUGCCUUUGUGGUUGCCUUUGUGGUUACCUUUGUAGUUGCCUUCGUGGUUGCCUCCGUGCAAUUUCAUACUUCCUGUGGCUGUUCCAUACACUCCGCGCACUGAACGGAAAACGCGGGUCAGGCGUGCUUGCUCUGUCGCUUCAUUUCCCUGCUCUACUUUUUUCCUGCUUUGACUUCGCCAGACCAUCGGUGGCAGCUCCUUUUAGCUCGCACACAUCAGCUACAGUGAAGAAGCGCGUUGCUCAUGUUCAAAUGGGAUUGUGAACGCCAUCUAAUGCACCUCGGUAGAGUAUAUGCGA